AUGCGCAGGCGAUCCACAUGGAUCACGCAUCCAAGUCGUGCCGUUAACCCGGACGAUAUCCAAGUCCGCAAGAAUCAGCUCCUCCUUGGGGCUCUGAAGGCUGCACGAGAAGAGCGUGUGACCCUUGGCUUUAAGGAGCUACCUGAGGAGGUGGUGGAGAUUCUGCGUGCUUCUCACGAACUUCACCUUCGUUGGGCACCCGAGCGUGCCUACAACACUACGGCUCCGUUCCUGUCAAGGACCUCACCCGGUCUGCACGUUCAAUACACUCCUCUCAGGGAGGAUCAACCGGACCAGCUCUGUGAUCUCCUUCACAAACUAUUUGGAGAGGAACUUCGGUGCACCUUGCCCAGGUCAACGUUCAUCAGCCCUCCUUUGGUGUCGGAGCGCUUUGCUCAGACUUCAUCACUACAAUAUUACACCCUCCUCCCAUCAUUGAAGCGUUUUGUGGCUUACCUACAUCGCAAUUUCUGCAAGCCUUCGGACCUGCUAUGUAUACAUACGGCGUCACUACUAAAUAUUGCAGAUAAUGUGGAUCUCGACUACGACAGCAUUUCUCACGCGCUCACUAUGACCGUAUUCUGGUCCAAACAACCACCUGUUGUCUAUGACCCCAUAGGCGAUUUUACCACUCUUGACGCUUGGAAUCUCGACAUUGAAACGAAAAACACAGAUAAGGCUGAGGUUGGCAUUCUCAGUGCAGCUCCAGCGACCGAGCCCUCAGACAUCCAGCUUUCAGGCUUUCUGACUUCAGUGGGAGAAGAUGACCAUCCAAAACCCACAUUGUUCAGUUUUCCGUCGAGGCAUCAUUCUCUUAAUGCAGCACAGCGGCUCUCGCAGAAAUAUGGUGUUUCGUUCGACAAACCUACAGGCCUGCAUCCAAUACUUCGAAUCUCAUUUCCAUCUGCAGAGUGCUUGACCGAGCCAGAGAAUAAGCCUCCUGGGAGCGUUUGUGCAUUACAGACUUACCUCACCCUCCCGUCGCAUCUCUUCGCAGACAAAUACGCCUUUCUCAGCAACGACCCUCUGUUCCAGAAAUCGCACAAUCUAGGACAACUGCAUUCCAUAGCGGGUGAGACGGACCUGGAAGCUCCCGACUAUGUCAUUGAGAAAUGGGGGUCGACAAUGCUGCUAGAAAUCCCCACUACUGGUGGUAAGGGCAAUGAGUCUGCCGACACCUGGGACGCCACGAUUCCUUUACAUCUACGAUACAUGCAACCUGAGGACGGAGGGAUAUCGGAGGUGGAGAUGCCUUGGCCUAUUGUCUUCUGGGCUUGCACAGCGGAAGAAGGCACAAGAUUCCCAGUCAACCCGUUUGACAGGACACAGCUUGGUUAUGAUGGACUCUUUGGGCCGAGGACGAUGUUUUACCAUCUGGAACCUUCACCACAAACUCAACCUGCCGGGAAAUUGGUUGAGCGCAUCGCGGUUCCGGUGUUGGACACCCAAUCAUCGAGUUUGAGGACCAUUGAAUUGGUGACUGUGACUACUAUAGUCUUGGGGUUUUUGUGGGUUUUACUAAAGUUGAAUCUGCUUCCUCGUUUAGCUGCAAGCCGUGUCAAACAGACCUCGGACGUAAAGAAGCAACAAUAA